AUGCCCGAGCUGCGCUGGAACACUGGCACGGCAACGGUCUGGCCGGACUGCAUACGAACGGACAGGGCAUUGCCAGAAUCAGAGCAACUCUUCCUUCUGUGCCUUGUGCCUUUUGCCUUGUGCCUCGCGACCGACAACGCGCAACCGCCCAUGGCCCGUCACCCGUCGCCAGGGUUGCGUGUGGCCCGUGACCCCAUGGCCCGUGGCCGUCGUGCGCCAAAAACCCACGAAAUGUGCGACAAAGACUCAAAAGCCGUCUGGGAGCGACGCAGGGGCAGCGGCCGGAGCGCCAAGAGGAGGCCCGUCGCGACAUGUUACUGGUGGGCGCCGGGGACCCAGACUCCCAGAGCCUCUGGUCGGGAGAUGGCCGGGGCUUGGGGGGGAGGUGCAGCGGAGGCGUGGCCGAGCCAGGGGUACGCCGGACGGGUUGUGUGUGGGAUGUGGAUGUGGAUGUGGAUGUGGAAGUGUGGCUGCUGUGGGUUGCGUGUGAAUGUGCAUAUGGAUGGGUGUGAAUGGUGGUCCAAGGGCGGAGAGGCGUCGAUGCUGGUAAUUACUUACUUCGUAAUGAGGAAGUUGAUUAAUUACAAAGAGAGACACCGAGUUAGAGAGACAGACAAAGCGACCAACCGAAUGUCUCUCUUCUCGCAACUGUUCCGCCCCCGCCCCCCCUUCAAGAAUAUCAGCCCGUUUGCUACCUCAUCCAGUGAGAUGAUGCCGGGGCCGAGUACGAAGCGAACAACAACAACCACAACCAGGAGGCGAACCCAGGUUGAGUCAAGCUACCUAUUCCCGUAUACCCAUUACCUAAGUUACAAUGUACUCUCUCCGUGCUGCAAAGAGAAGGAACGCCAACCAUGUCCAGCUUCGUUUCUCGCGACCUCCGCCCAUGCCGAGCCCGUUCCUCGAGCAGCGCAUACCGCAAGGGAAACGGCCUUCCGUCGCCCGCAGCCCACCAUCUUAUCUGCGCCCUUUGUCAAGUCGCCCGCAGCAUCAACUUAUCAUCUGAAACUCAAUUGGCCCACUGCAACAGAUCUGGUGGCAAAAGACUUCAGACAGCAUGGCAAGGGAACCCCCCACAUCCUCGCCGCAAAUCCCAUUGCCGAGACGGGUUGGCUUGAUGCGCACGCUUCUCGACGGCUCCAUGCAUUGCCGGACGCAUCUGUCACCCAGACUUGUGCUAAGACGAGGCAGGCUGCAGGUGUGCCAUUUGCCCGCCCUUCGGCCCCAGUAUCUUCAUUCAUCGUGCAGCAACGUGCAAUACAGGCCAUCGGGCAUGGCAUGAUCGACGUUACCGAUGUAAAACGUCUGACACUUUCUUGUUUCGUGGGGCCGAACCAGCAAUGCCUUGACUCCAUGAAUACUCCCAGACGCGGCAUCCCUGACCCUGAACGCGAGUUCCAAGACGACGGACGGCCCGAAUGUGAAGAGGAAGAACAGAGGGAAAGACGCGGCCGAAUGGCGGCGGUCUCGAACGUCCGGCGGUUUUGCCUUUCCUCUGCAUUAUGCGGCACGGUCUGUGUGACUGCAACCCGAUCGGAGUCUUCGUCGGCCUCCAGAUAA